AUGGCUGCGCAGCUUGUUUGGAAUCUAUUUACUCUUCAGUGGCCAGCCUGGCGCCCGUCAUCGAACUUUUACGACAAAGUGACUAGUGGCGUCGGAAGCCUCUAUGCGGGGGCUUCACCAAGUGGAGGCUACGACAAAACCGCCACUUCGGCUGAUGAUGCAGUUCAUUCAUCAGGCUCUCACUCAAAGUCAAACAAGAAGAUUGUCAUGGUGACAGGUAGCACUGGCAACAAUCGAAUGUUGGGCAUGCCACAUAUUAAAGAGAUGGUAUACGAGAAUCGCAUGACAUAUGCUGAGAAGCACGGACUGGAAUUCAUGUGGGCGAACAUGACCAGCUAUAACCUACCCAAUGGUGCACCAAUCUACUGGAACAAGAUCCCCAUCCUGAAAGAUGCCUUCGCUCGUUUCCCCGAUGCUGAGUGGGUCUGGUGGAUGGAUCUCGAUGUUAUCAUCAUGAACAUGUCGCUCAGUAUUCAUGAUCACGUUCUAUCGCCAGAUGGCAUGGCUCGCAACAUCCUUCUGGAUCACCCAAUGACUGGAGCUGGGGGUGGUGAGACUGGCUACCGCAGCCCUGCAGCGUACCACCCUGACAACAUCAAUUUUGUCAUCUCAUUGGACAAUUGGGGCAUGAACGUGGGGAAUUUCCUCAUGCGACGAAGCGAAUGGAGCGAUUGGCUUCUGGACCUAUGGAUCGAGCCGCUCUAUAUAUCCCAGAAUUGGGUGUUUCCAGAAAAUGAUGGAUGGACACACAUGUGGCAGUACCAUGAGAUUAUUCAAAAUCACACAGCUUGCAUGAAACAACAGUCGAUGAAUUCAUACCCGGAUUACAAUUUCCUUGGGCAACACUGGCAACCGGGAGACCAUAUUGUUCAUUUUGCAGGCUGUGGUGGUGAUGCGAUUUGUGAGAGUGCGUGGGCCAAGUACUGGAAUAUGCGAGAGAAAGUUGACGUCCCGCCGUCUGUGAAAAGGAAACUGGACGAUGGCACUGCUGAGAUUGAGGCAUUUCAGAGUAGUGUUUGAUCAUAAUUAUUAAAGUUAGCUAU